AUGGCCUAUGGAGUAUCCGCUGAUAUGAUUGAUGAAAAUCUAAGGAUAGUUGAAAGUACCACAAAUGAGGCGAUGAAAAAGUUUGUUGAAGCAGUGAUUGUCAUUUUCGGCGAACGCUACCUGAGGCAACCUAAUUCUACUGAUAUUGCCAGGUUGCUUCAGCUACAUGAGGAUCGUGGAUUCCCUGGAAUGCUUGGUAGCUUAGAUUCAUCUCGCGAUCUAUGGAUAUGGCAUUCAUUCUUUGGACUUCCAGGAUCGCUCAAUGACAUAAACGUUCUUGAGUGUUCCCCUUUGUUCACAGACAUCAUCAAUGGUCGUGCUCCACCAAUGAACUUUGUUAUAAACAAUCAUCAUUAUGAUAUGGGUUAUUAUCUUGGAGAUGGUAUCUAUUCACAGUGGUCAACAAUUGUGAGAACAAUUCCGAUGCCUCAAACCAUGAAAGCUAAAAAUUUUGCUCAAGCUCAAGAGGGUGCCAGGAAAGAUGUUGAACGUGCAUUUGGUGUUCUCCAAGCACAUUUCCAUAUCAUUCGUCAAGGGUGUUGGUAUUUCAAAAUAGCGACGUUGAAGAAUAUCAUGAAAGCAUGUGUGAUAUUAUAUAACAUAAUCGUGGAAGAUGAGCGUGACAUGUUCAAGUCCAUUGAGAAUGGUAAGUAUUACCUGCUUGAAGAAGUAGGUAUCAGCGAGCUUGAUCGCGACGAUGCUGAAUGUCAUUAUGAUUUUGAUCAAUUCAUUAAAGGGCGUCACAAGCUAAAAAAUAAGAGCAUUCAUCGUCGUCUUCAAGAGGAUCUAGUGGAACACUUGUGGGAAGUGCGUGAAAAUGUCGAGUAA